GCUUUCAAUUGAUUGGCUGACUGCCUACUGAAGUGGGAAGAAGAAAGAAGACCCACAGCGACACAACCUCUUUCCCCGCGCCGAAGCGUCUUGCAGCCUCAGCCUCUCUCCGCCGGCUUCAGAGAAGAAGAGAGCCGUCGCCGUCUCCGCCGUCUCUCACCGCCGCCCUCUUCACUGCCUCUCGCAGUUGCCCUUUUUGGAGCUUGCAGCUGCAGGGCCGUCGCCUACCACCGCCGCCCGCUGCUGCAUCCUCCCUCUCUGCCGCCUCUCGCCGCCGCCGCACAGCCCCUCCCUCAUAUAUAACUCACGUGCAGAGAUUCCAUCUCCAUAAACCUUCUCUUCGCCUUUGCCUGAGGGAAAAUCCUAGUCACUCUCUUUCUUCCCCCCAUUUUAAUUCGCCAGCAAAGAAGAAUGACAGGGGAGGCUGUGAACCCUAAGGCGUACCCGCUGGCGGAUGCGCAGCUGACUAUAACUAUACUGGACCUGGUUCAGCAAGCUGCCAACUACAAGCAGCUCAAGAAGGGCGCUAAUGAAGCAACCAAGACAUUGAACAGGGGUAUCUCUGAGUUUAUUGUGAUGGCAGCCGACACUGAGCCGCUUGAGAUUCUUCUCCACCUUCCUCUACUUGCGGAAGACAAGAAUGUCCCGUAUACCUUCGUUUCUUCAAAACAAGCCCUUGGCCGAGCUUGCGGAGUAACAAGGCCCGUCAUUGCUUGUUCUGUGACAAGCAAUGAGGGAAGCCAAUUAAAGUCCCAAAUACAGCAACUCAAGGACGCCAUUGAGAAGCUGUUGAUCUAAAAAGUUAUAUGCAUAUGGGAGAGUUGGUGCUUGGAGGCUUUGACUGUUGAAGAGUUGUGCUAGCAUGAAGAGAGAGCUUUUGGUUUUUCUUUUUCUUCCAGUUGUUGUCAUCUGAUUUCCAUCAUGCAAUGUCAGAAAUAAUAUUUUGAAUUUCUUAUAUUUUCAGAAAUUUAGAUAAUUGUGCAUUGAACUCA